UAAAAUCAGCGGAUUGUUUGAAAACCAUUAUUGAUAAAUAUAUGCAAGAGCGCAUUGCUGUUUAUUUUAUUUAAAGUUUGCGGUCGCUGUGUGUUUUGACUGUGUCUGGCUGGAUUGUGUGUUAGCAACAUCAGCAGCAACAGCUGCAUUACACGCGAUCCCAGGCUUCGCAGAGCUUAUCCUCUGCAAACAGGGUACGUCAAAUAAAAAAAAGGAAUAAAAACAAUAACAAGAUAUGGUCAGGAUACAGUCGGCGUUGCCGGUCUGGAUGUUGCUGCAGCUCCUCAGUAGCUCGCUGGCGGCAGUGAACCGCGCGCCUCGCCAGCUGCUCGCCUCGAUACAGUAAGAUGCCACCAGGCGCUGUAUUCUCCGACCGGAAUCUCCCCUCUGUACCAGCGCAUUCUGACCGUCAGUAAAUAGGCCACCACAUUUUAUGGGUGCUCCAAUUAUUGGGGCAUGACAUACUGUUUUAGGUUCUGCUUUCGCCCUGAUGUGUGGUAGCCUGAAAAGUAUUAGCGACGUCGUGCAAUUUGUGCCGCUCUCGAAGCAGCGUUGAGUGGAGGGGGUGAACAGUGGGAGAAGUUGUGGCUGUGAGGAAUGCCCUUAACAAAUCCCUGUCAUGGCCCCUGGGAUUAUCUACUCACCUGCGUUCACCUGGUGCCUGCUUUUCAUCACUCUCUGCUGUCCCUGUUCUAUGUCCCAGCCCCAAAAAGACACCACUGAAGGCCCUGAGCCACUGCCCACAAUCACUGGUGCUGCACCGACCUCUGAAUAUUCAUACCCUGAUUACAGGGGUAAAGGCUGCAUGGAUGAGAAUGGUUUUGUGUAUGAAAUUGGAGAGGAGUUCACACCGGGUCCUGCUGCCUGCCCGUGUGUCUGCACUGAAGAUGGUCCAGUGUGUGUCAAACCUGAGUGCCCUAGUUUGCAUCCUCGUUGUAUUCGAGUGGACACCAGCCGUUGUUGCCCUGAAUGCAAGGAAAUGAAAAAUUACUGUGAAUUUCGGGAAAAGAAAUAUAAACAAUUGGAGGAAUUUGUGGUUUCACCAUGUGAGAAGUGCCGCUGUGAGCCCAAUGGAGAAGUGCACUGUUCUGUAGCAGAAUGUGCUGAGGUUGAAUGUGUGGAUCCAGUCUAUGAACCUGAUCAGUGCUGUCCUAUCUGCAAAGAUGGACCCAAUUGUUUUGCGGGAGUCACUAUUAUCCCAGCUGGACGAGAGGUGAAGAUCGAUGAAUGCACAACUUGCCAUUGCUCCUAUGAAGAUGGCACUUGGAGAGUUGACCACCAGGCAACUUGCAUUAAGAAUGAUUGCAAGGAAAUCUAGACAAAAGAUUGUGUGAAAAAUUUUUUUUUGCUAUAUUGAAUAUAAAAUGGGACUGAAAGAAAGCUGUUUUUGUACAUUCUGUAUUGCAUACCAUACUUAUAUUGAAUUAGUCAUGUUAUUUGUACUAAAUCUGAGCAAUAAAAAGUGACUAGUAUAUUUCAAGCAUCACAAUCUGGCAUUUUUAAAAUUUUCAGUGAAUGGUGGACAUUUGAAAUAUUGUGUUCCAGUCUUCCAUCAGCUGUCACCACUUGCAAUAAUACCUGUGUUCCUCAGUCCACAUGAUGCUUUGAAUAAAGAUUAAGAGGAAUGGUCAGCAAGCCAUCUAAGAAAAAUCAGGGGAGAGUAAUGAAAAA